UUUGAGCUAAAUCCUCCUCUCCUUUGUUUCUCUAUCAUUUAUCAUCUUGUUUUCUUUUUCUGUUCUUUCUCUAUUGCUUGAUCCUGCAAGAACGACAACGUUUCCAUUAGCUUCGUUUCGGUUGUUUCAGGCGAAAUAUUAAGUUUCUGACAAAAUCUGUUUUUUUUUUUUAAGAAAAGAAAACUGUAACUAGAUCUGGAGUUUAGCAAUAUUUUUAGUUUCUGAUUCCGUACAAUUUUAUUUUCCUUUUCUUUUACCUCUCAAUUGUCAUUGCACAUGAUUUACUUAUAAGCUGGGAUGGAUUAAUUUAUAAUUGCUCUUUCAAUUUGGUUUGCAGUUAACAUCUGAGAGUUUUGCGUUCCGUUCUGGGGAGAGUGUUUAUAAUAGCGUCGAAAUGCGGGGACGACAUGUCGAUUCUUAUUCCAUGUACAAGCGUGGUACCAGAGACCACGUAAUCAAUACCUAUGACUAUGACAAAGAACAAGGUACUGAUAGUUUUCUGAUUCUUUAUGUGAGUUUUUAAGUACGAUUGCUGAGUGGAGUGGGGAAAGAUAUUGGAAACCCGUCUUGGAAACGAUCAUUCCCGUAUAUACUCCUGGCAGCCUUAUCUUCCUUCUUAUUUGGUUAUCAUCUUGGAGUAGUUAAUGAAACUCUAGAGAGUAUGUCACAUGACCUUGGUUUUCAUGGGGAUACCAUGGCUGAAGGUCUGGUUGUAAGUACAUGUUUAGGGGGUGCCUUUGUUGGAUCGCUGUUCAGUGGUUCGAUCGCAGAUGGGGUUGGGCGUCGUAGGGCAUUCCAGCUGUGUGCUUUACCUUUGAUAAUUGGAUCUUCAAUGAGUGCAACGGCAAAAAACCUUUGGGGCAUGCUUCUAGGGAGGUUAUUUGUUGGGACUGGAAUGGGUAUUGGCCCGCCUGUUGCAGCUCUUUACGUGGCAGAGGUUUCUCCUGCUUAUGUAAGAGGUACAUAUGGAAGCUGUAGUCAACUUGCAACAUGCUUAGGAUUGAUGGGUGCUCUAUUUAUCGGGUUCCCUGCUAAGCAAAUUGAGGGUUGGUGGCGCAUGUGUUUCUGGGCAUCUGUUGCUCCUGCUGCUCUACUUACUGUUUUUAUGGAGUUUUCUGUAGAAAGUCCCCAUUGGCUUUUCAAGAGAGGAAGAGGUGCUGAAGCUGAAGCUGAGUUUGAGAAACUUUUGGGAGGACCAUAUGUCAAGGGUGCAAUGGCUGAAUUGUCAAAGUCACAAAGAGGGGAUGAGGCUGAUACAGUCAAGCUCUCGGAGCUAUUUUAUGGCCGUCAUCGUAAAGUUGUUUUCAUGGGAUCUUCCCUUUUUGCUUUACAACAGCUCUCUGGUAUAAAUGCUGUUUUCUAUUUCUCAUCGACUGUCUUUAAAAGUGCUGGUGUACCCUCAGAGUCUGCAAACAUAUGUGUGGGAAUUGCCAAUUUGUUAGGAUCACUUUUUGCAUUGGUUUCAAUGGAUAAACUGGGAAGGAAGGCUCUCCUCAUUGCAAGUUUUUCAGGCAUGGCAGUGGCUAUGACUAUUCAGGCAACUUCAGCUAGUUCCCUAGUCUCAGGCAGCAGUGUAAUUUAUCUCUCUGUUGGAGGCAUGCUGUUGUUUGUCUUGACCUUUGCUAUGGGUGCUGGACCGGUGCCUGGUCUCCUCCUAUCAGAAAUGUUUCCUAGUCGGGUCAGGGCUAAGGCGAUGUCAAUUUGCAUGGCUGUCCACUGGAUGAUAAAUUCCUUAGUGGGUCUGUUGUUUUUGCGAUUACUGGAGCUGCUUGGACCGUUAGUCCUGAAUACAAUUUUCGCCACCUUCUGUUUGCUGGCUGUAAUAUUUGUAAAGAAAAAUGUGUUGGAAACUAAAGGAAAAUCGCUUCAAGAUAUUGAAAUUGCACUUCUUCCACCAGUAUAGAGGUUUCAAUUUCUUGUAGAAAAUUUUAUAUUCCAUAUAUCAUAGUAUUAAUAAUGAGUUAGCAGAAAUUAUUUUAUUUUA